UAAAAGCUACACGUAGUUGUAAUGGCAGUGUCGGCUUUUGCGGGUCUUUCUGUGGUGAGCUUGCUAAGUUUGGGUUACCUUUCUUGGGACUGGACGAGUCCAAAUCAGGUUGAAAAUGAAUCGGUGCCGAACAUCAGAGAUACGACGACGUCUAACUACCGAGCCCCUCAUAUAAUCUUUAUCAUGACGGAUGAUCUGGGUUUUAACGAUAUUGGGUACCAUAAUUCGGACAUAAACACGCCGACUCUGGACAAACUGGCUUCGGAAGGAGUGAAGCUGGAGAACUAUUAUGUUCAGCCUAUCUGCACGCCCUCGCGCAGUCAAUUUCUUACCGGCAGGUAUCAGAUCCACACUGGUCUUCAGCAUUCGAUUAUCCGGGCCCGCCAGCCCAACUGUCUGCCCUUUGACCUGGUCACACUGCCACAGCGGCUCCAGGAGGCUGGAUACACCACACACAUGGUGGGCAAAUGGCACCUGGGCUUCUACAAGCGUGACUGUCUCCCCACUCGCCGGGGCUUUCACACCUACUUUGGCUCCUUGACAGGCAGCGUGGACUACUACUCGUAUGACUCCUGCGACAGGCCUGGCAGGUGCGGGUAUGACCUCCAUGAAGGUGAGGCAGUGGCAUGGGGGCAGGGAGGCAGAUAUUCCACACACCUCUACACAAAGAGGGUGCGGAGAAUUCUCGCUUCACAUGACCCAUCCGUGCAGCCCCUCUUCAUUUUCCUGUCCUUCCAAGCUGUGCACACUCCUUUACAGACUCCCAAGAAGUACAUUUACCCUUACCGGAGCAUGGGGAAUGUCCCACGGCGCAAGUAUGCCGGCAUGGUGUCGGCUGUGGACGAGGCGGUACGGAACGUGACGUAUGCACUGCGAAAGUAUGGCUACUACCAAAAUAGCGUCAUCAUCUUCUCUACUGAUAAUGGCGGGCAGCCACUCUUUGGUGGGAGCAAUUGGCCCCUCCGAGGCAGGAAGGGAACUUAUUGGGAGGGGGGUGUGAGGGGGGUGGGGUUUGUCCACAGCCCACUGCUCAGAUACCGGCGGAAGGUCAGCAAGGCCCUGGUCCACAUCACUGACUGGUAUCCAACACUGGUGGGCCUAGCGGGGGGAAACAUGUCUCAGAUGCAGGGGCUGGAUGGCUAUGACAUGUGGGAGACCAUCAGUGAGGGCAAGGAGUCCCCACGUCUGGAGAUCCUGCACAACAUUGACCCGCUCUAUGUUCCCGCCCGCCAUGGCUCCCUGCAAGCCGGCUUCGGUGUCUGGAACACAGCCGUGCAAGCAGCAGUCCGGGUGGGUGACUGGAAACUCCUGACAGGCGAGCCAGGGUACGGAGACUGGACGCCACCACAGGUGCUGGGAAGCUUCCCAGGGGACUGGUGGAGCCUGGAACGGCACGUAGAGUCACACAAAUCUGUGUGGCUGUUCAAUAUCACAGCAGAUCCAUAUGAGCGGCAUGACCUGGGAAAGCAACGGCCAAACGUGGUCAAGCAGCUGCUGGCGAGGUUGGCGUUUUAUAACCGCACGGCCGUGCCUGUGCGCUACCCAGCGGAGGACCCGAGGGCAGACCCAAGCCUGAACGGGGGUGCCUGGGGCCCUUGGGCCGGGGAUGAGGAAGCAGAUUCCUCAAACCAAGUUUACCCCAGAAGGCGCAAAAACACAAAGAAGAAAUUCUGCAAGAUGAGGUCUUUUUUUAGGAAACUGAACACAAGGAUUAUGUCAAAUAGGAUAUGA